AUGCACGAUGCCAGGGGAAAUCUGUCAUCAAGGAUUGAUCAGGUUCUAGUCCUUACAGGUUUAAAGCAUGAUGAGAAGUCUUUUGCCUUGAAAUUAGAGAAGUUUGCUGAUGGAAAACGCGACACCAUACCUUACUUAGCCGAGCUUUCUUACAAUGAUAAGAAUUCAAGACGUUUAGCUAGGUUGGUUUUGUUGCUAAUGUGUCAGCUAUUCGAGCUCCGAAUAGAUGGACUCGAUUCGGACUAUGCAUUUGACCUGGACGAUAUACACCACACGAAGCUAUGUCUCGUGAAAAUAGCAGGACUUCCCGGGAGGAUAGACAAGUACUAUCAUAUAGAACCAGAGGAGAUCACACCAAUAGACAUGGACAGAGCAGUCGAGUAUGCACAGAAUAGACAAGACACCACAUAUGGUAUGUUAAUUCACGAUAUAUUGGGAAAUCUAAUUGAAAUGAAUGAUGACGUGCGUAAUACUUUUCAAUUUGAUAAACUACGAAAUUACGAUUGCACUAUUUCCGACUUUAUAAGAAGUUUGCGCAGAAGUAAAGUGAAGCAAGAGGAGAUCAGUUUGAUGAGGAAUCCAAUUUUUGACGUAAUGCGUUCUACAACCACUUGUGAGGAGUCUUUGAACGACUUUAAUUCUCAACUAGCUUCGAAUGAAACACUUGACUCAUCAAAUAAUCUCGACCACGGUGAGGAAACCGAUUUAUCAAGCUAUGCUGAAAUUUCGCAAGAGACUCCGCAUAAAAGAAUGAAACUCGUUCAAAGCAAAAAUCUCAUUGAUGUUGAAUCAAUUCAAAACUGCCUAUUAGGAACUGAAAAAACUUUAUUUGGAAAAAUAUUUGGUAUAUACCCACCAAAGGUCAAAGUAGGGCAAAAAUUGAGUACUAUCCAUCUGUAUUUUAUACCAAAAGGGUGGCCCUACGACAGUACACAAUUGCUGAUACCUAAUGUCAAUUGUAUUGAAAUAGCAGUCCUUGAAAAUAGUGGGCUCUUCGAAAUAUUCACAGCGCUUUUACAGAACAGCUAUGGCUUUGACGAAAAGCUGAUGCUAAACGAUUUUUCAAUCACUAUUGAAAGGGUCGAAAAAGAGCUGAAAGAUGACCUACUUACGGCCGCAUGGUCAUUAGUUGAAAUUGGAGACGAAGAUUUGAUAAAAGAUUUGAAAAUUCCUAAAAGUGUUCAACUUUCAAAGAAAGAUCCAUUUAUCUCAUUGUCUGAACUAAGCUUGACCACGCAUGAUGUUAAAUUCGUGAAUAUAAUUGGCUUGCUGGUGUCCUGCAGCUUUGAAAGUCCCUCUUUUGUUAAAAUGGUCCUUACAGACUUUACAGAGACUAAAAUUCCACAAAAGUAUUUGCUUGACCCAUUUUUAAUCGAUUUCGACAAUAAGUUACACUCAAAUAUGGGUGUAAGGGCAAUAAUGUAUCCGGAUAAAUUUGAAGAUUUUGACAACUUGAUCAAAAGGGAAUUCAGAGGCAAAUCGAUCAAGGACAUGUUUUUACCAGGUGCAGGCUGCAACAUUUCACACAGAGGAAUCGCUUGCAAAUUUUUGCUUAGGGUGAAUAUCUAUGGUGGCAAGUUAAAUGCCAUAGUAAGAGAAUGCGAACCAAUAACAUGCAGGAUGAAGAAACACGUAGACAAUAACAACAGCGAAGAAAAAAAUCUUCUAAAUCAGUUAUAUGCUCGCGCUUUCAAUAGUAUUCCCCUACCCUCCAUACGAAAGUUUUUGCAGUUCUAUUCAACGUGCUUCCCGUAUGACGAGGCCGAAGAAGAUCCCAAUGGACUAAUAAUAAAAAAUUCUAAAUUCCACUCUAGUAAUGAGGCGGCAAUCCGUUUGUUACCCUCUAUCCAUCUAGACGACUUGAAAGAGUACAAGUUGGAACAGGAGGCCGAUAUAACUCUCUUAAAUCAAAGCACUGAUUUAAACAUCCUCCACGAGGUGGAAGGCCAGGUCAUCUCCAUCAAUUAUGACCAAACUAGACUAGAAAUACUUAUUACAAACUCUAUUUUCCAAAAAGACUUCAUCGAUCCCGAACGAGUAGCUCGAAUUGAAAUUUUCGGUGCUCAAAACCUGAAUUAUUUUUUCAACAAUGGCAGAACUGAGGUCGACCAACAGAGUAUCGAUGCUCUGAAGGAGAUUGCCGUGGGCGAAGAGUUGAAAUUCAAGAUAGUGCGCGGGAUAAUCCCUCUUUAUACCAAGAGAGGCCAGCAAUCUGGUCUGAUGUUUUGGUCCCCGAUAGAGCUUACCAUGCUGGAGAUCAAGUCGCAACUAGACUCAUGCGGCGGUGCAUCGUUGAAGGAGGAAGAACAUGACGGCUUGUUGCAAUCUUUGAUGACUUUCUCGUCAAAGGCAAAAUUUGGCAACCCAACUCCUCAUUAG